GAAUCAAUCGGAUGUAAUUAGCCAUUUUAAGAAACGCGUUGCCUUGUGUUGUAAUGUUUCUUUUUCACAAAAUUAGUGUGCGUAACUACCUACGUACAACGACCCUGCCAAGUAAGAACCUCUACCUCGCAGAUUCAAUCUCCGUUUCCCCGAUACACAAAACGAUUACAUUCACAAUCAUAAUCCCAAAUCUAUUGGCCCUAAUAUUCUAUUUCGCUGCACGACUUACGGUUGCUUCCUAGAUUCUCCUCUGUUAACACAAAAAGCUUCAUUUUGUUUCCUUGGUAGCGGAGGAUCAAGUUUGGUUUCUUUUCAUUGCGGGUUCUUAUAUGGUUGCUACUUCCAUAUAGCAAUCGAGAACAAAAAUGAAAGAAACCAAGUGAAUGGGUAGCAAUGGAGAAUUCUUACAAGGCUAAUGGAAAUAUACAUAGAGUUUCAAGGCAGAAUAAACAUCCAUUCUCCAUAAGGGAUCAAUCAUUGCCCUGCUUUGACAUAAGAGUAUUUUUAGUCAGAGUUUGCAAAUCUGAUCUUGAUAAUUCUGCUCCCGAGGUUCUCAAACUGAAAUGUGUUUCACCAAAUCCUGGCACACUUCUCAAAGUUAAUGGCGUCCGCGCUGCUAUGCAAUCCGAGGGUGUUUCAAGCCUUCUCAAAAGAGAUAGAGUAGAUAAGAAAUCAAAAGAAGUGACAUUUGUAAGCACAGAUAGUAUUAAGAUGAGUAGUAAUGUUAAGUUUGAAGUGUUUGACAAAGAUGUUCUGUUGGUUUCUGGGGUCUUAGAAUUAUGCAAUAGCAAUGGAUCUGUUAAUGGACAAAGAUGGAGCAUGAACUGUGAGUCAAUUAUAAUUCCUGGAACUAGUUUCUUCAAGAGCAAGAAAUUCAUGUUGCCAGGUUCAACUUUACCUACAAUAGAGGUCUACAUUGCUGGGUCCUUCUUGGAUACUCCAAUUGUCUUAACAAAGACCCUCCACCUUAGUUCUCAGAUAAAACACACAAGGAUGGGGACAUUCUCUACAAACCUGGAAAACGAGACAAGUGCUCCUUCAACAUUUACUUUACAGGCUGCAGAUAACAUGAGUGAAAAGCCUGAAGAGGAGGAUAACAACAUUGAUUUGUACCAAAGAAGAGCAUAUGUUGCUGCUGAAGAAGAAGAUGGAGAGGUGUCAUGGUUCAAUGCAGGUGUGAGAGUAGGUGUUGGAAUUGGUCUGAGUGUUUGCAUUGGCAUUGGCAUUGGAGUUGGCGUGCUUGUUAAGACUUACCAAGGCACUACUCGCAACUUUAGGAGACGACUAUUAUGAUAUUAAUCUGCACAUACAUACGCAAAUAUAACAUGCUUGAUUCACUGAUCAACUAUCAUAAUGGACAAGUAUUUGAAAAGAAAAACUCAUCACUUUGUAUUGUGCACCAUGUUUGUCAUUACAUAUCCAAUUGAAGUGGGGU